CAUGAACACCACCUCCGACUUUGUCGAAGUCAUCGCCCAGAAAAUCGCCUACUACACCGUCGUCGUCGAGCGCUGCCAGUCGGACCUCCGCUUCCGCGUCCUCGACGACCGCACGCUCCAGAAGCACUACAAAAGGGCGUGCAAGCAGUGGCUGCGGUACCCCGCCGUGUAUCCCGUGUACAUGCCCGCCGUCGGCGACGCGACGAGCAAGACCGCGUUCUUCCGCAAGUGCGACGCCGUGUGCGCGUCGAGGCCGGACACCCCUCUCGACUACUUCCUGGUGAUCUUUGCGGCCUCCGGGGCGAUCGAGGUCCUCAUCUCGCACGAAUACAAUGCGCUGGACAGCAGCACGAGCCUCGCCAUCUUCAACGCGGCCCAUGCGCGAGCGUACCCCAAGGCCCCGAUGCCGCUGCCGUCGCCCCCGAACGACCUCGCCCGUGCCCCCACUGCCACUCCCCCGAAGCCCGCCACCACCCCCGCCACCGCCACCCCGCGCGUGUCGCGCGCGGACUCGGACGCCGUCCGCUGGGCAGACGCGCUCCUCGACACGUCCAUCCGGUACAUCGACGCGGGCACGAACGUCGCGCAGACCUGCACCGUCGUCGACCACGGGGCGAGCAUCCGGCGCGGCGAGUACUUCGGGGUCCGGUACGAGGACGGCCGGGCGGAGGAGAUCUCGGGGCGCAAGAUGCGCGAGAUUUGGAAUAAUCGCAUCGGGGGCACGGGCAAGAGCACGAGCACGAGCACGAGCACGAGCAAGAGCAAGAGUCCGAGCAAGAGUCCGAGAACGAGAACGAGUCCGCCGGUGCUGGCGCCGAAGCCGGAGCCGGACGCGGGUGGCGUGCAGCCUGUGCGGCUGCCGUGGGUGGUUGCGUAGCUUAAGUUUGUGUGCAUUUCGUGUUAUUGUCACCGUUCGUGAAGUGGCUUCUCC